AUGGCAGAGAUGAAGACCUGGGGUGGAUCUGGAUCCAGGAGGCACUUGCCGUGGUUCUGCCAUUUCAAUGGAUCCAACUACCACUCUGGACGACGCACACCCCAGCUGGCUGCUCCCACAGUGCAGUCCCUGGAUCCCAGCACAGCAAUCCCGGAUGAGCCCCCAAUUGUUACCGGCCUCAGGCCUAGGGGAAACCUGGGCACGGUACAAACAUCCGAUUCCUUACAAGAGAGAGACGGACACAGAAGCUGCAACCAUGAUAAAUAUGAGACUCUGGUGAAGAUUAAGACUGAACAUGAGGAUCUGACGCCCACCAGAAGCUCCAGUAAUCAGCAAACGUCCUCUGGUACUGUCAGCAUUAACACCUCUCUCAGUCCCACACAGGAAGAAGGAAACGUCUGCUCACAGUGUGGGAAGAGCUUCAGGUGCCUGAGUGCUCUUAAAAUACACCAGCGCAUUCACACUGGAAAGAAACCGUAUCAGUGCUCCCAGUGUGGGAAGAGUUUUAUUACACAGAGUAAACUCAAAAUCCACCAGUGCAUUCACACUGGAAAGAAACCAUAUCAGUGUUCACAGUGUGGGAAGAGUUUUAAUCAACAGGGUAAUCUCAGAAUACACCAGCGCAUUCACACUGGAGAGAAACCUUAUCAGUGCUCACAGUGUGGAAAGAGUUUUAAUACAAAGAGUGUGCUUAAAAUACACCAGCGCGUUCACACUGGAGAGAAACCGUAUCAGUGCUCACAGUGUGGAAAUAGUUUUAAUACACAGAGUGCUCUGAAAAGACACCAGCACAUUCACACUGGAGAGAAACCAUAUCAGUGCUCACAGUGUGGAAAGGGUUUUAAUACACAGAGUGCUCUCAAAACACACAAGCACAUUCACAGUGGAGAGAAACCGUAUCAGUGCUCACAGUGUGGAAAGGGUUUUAAUCAACAGAGUAAUCUCAAAAAACACCAGCGCAUUCACACUGGAGAGAAACCAUAUCAGUGCUCACAGUGUGAAAAGAGUUUUAAUACAAAGAGUGAGCUCAAAAUACACCAGUGCAUUCACAGUGGAGAGAAACCAUAUCAGUGCUCACAGUGUGGAAAGAGUUUUAAUGUACAGAGUCAUCUGAAAAGACACCAGCGCAUUCACACUGGAGAGAAACCAUAUCAGUGCUCACAGUGUGGAAAGAGUUUUCAUGGACAGAGUGAUCUGAAAAGACACCAGCGCAUUCACACUGAAGAGAAACCAUAUCAGUGCUCACAGUGUGGAAAGAGUUUUAAUACAAAGAGUGAGUUUAAAAUACACCAGCGCAUUCACAGUGGAGAUAAACCAUAUCAGUGCUCACAGUGUGGAAAGAGUUUUAUUACACAGAGUAAACUCAAAAUACACCAGCAGAUUCACACUGGAGAUAAACCAUAUCAGUGCUUACAGUGUGGAAAGAGUUUUAAUCAACAGAGUUAUCUCAAAAAACACAAGCGCAUUCACACUGGAGAGAAACCAUAUCAGUGCUCACAGUGUGGAAAGAGUUUUAAUACAAAGAGUGAGCUUAAAAUACACUUGCGCAUUCACACUGGAGAGAAACCAUAUCAGUGCUCACAGUGUGGAAAGAGUUUUAAUAAACAAAGUAAUCUCAAACAACACCAGCGCAUUCACAUUGGAGAGAAACCGUAUCAGUGCUCACAGUGUGGAAAGAGUUUUAAUAGACAGAGUGCUCUCAAAAAACACCAGCGCAUUCACACUGGAGAGAAACCGUAUCAGUGCUCACAGUGUGAGAAAAGCUUCAAGUGCCUGAGUGCUCUCAAGAUACACCAGCGCAUUCACACUGGAGAGAAACCGCAUCAGUGCUCACAGUGUGGAAAGAGUUUUAUUACACAGAGUAAACUCAAGAUACACCAGCACAUUCACACUGGAGAGAAACCAUAUCAGUGCUCACAGUGUGGAAAGAGUUUUAAUCAACAGAGUUAUCUCAAAAAACACAAGCGCAUUCACACUGGAGAGAAACCAUAUCAGUGCUUACAGUGUGGAAAGAGUUUUAAUACAAAGAGUAAGCUUAAAAUACACCAGUACAUUCACACUGGAGAGAAACCAUAUCAGUGCUCACAGUGUGGAAAGAGUUUUAAUAUACAAAGUAAUCUCAAAAAACACCAGCGCAUUCACACUGGAGAUAAACUGUAUCAGUGCUCACAGUGUGAGAGAAGCUUCAAGUGCCUGAGUGCUCUCAAGAUACACCAGCGCAUUCACACUGGAGAGAAACUGCAUCAGUGUGAAGAGUGUGGAAAGAGUUUUACUACGCAGAGUAAUCUCAAACAACACCAGCGCAUUCAUACAGGAGAGAAGCCAUAUCACUGCUCAGAGUGUGGAAAGAGUUUUAUUAAGCAGAGUAAUCUCCAACGACACCAGCGUAUUCACACAGGAGAGAAGCCAUAUCACUGCUCAGAGUGUGGAAAGAGUUUUACUAUGCAGAGUCAUCUCCAACGACACCAGCGCAUUCAUACAGGAGAGAAGCCAUUUCACUGCUCAGAGUGUUGGAAGAGUUUUUCUAAUCAGACUACACUUCAACAACACCAGCGUAUUCACACAGGAGAGAAGACGUAUCACUGCUCAGAGUGUGGAAAGAGUUUUACUCAAAGUAGUUCCCUUAAAGUACACCAGCAUGUUCACACUGAAGAGAAGCCAUAUUACUGCUCAGUGUGUGGAAAGAGUUUUAAUCGACGGAGUAAACUCCAACAACACCAGCGUAUUCACACAGGAGUGAAACCGUAUCACUGCUCAGAGUGUGGAAACAGUUUUGCUGAACAUAGCACCCUUCAAAAACACCAGCGUAUUCACACAGGAGAGAAACCGUAUAACUGCACUGAAUGUGGAAAGAGUUUUACUCAAAGUAGUGCCCUUAAAGUACACCAGCGUGUUCACACAGGAGAGAAACCGUAUCACUGCUCACAGUGUGGAAAAAGUUUUACUCAACGGAGUAAACUCCAAGAACACCAGCGUAUUCACACAGGAGAGAAACCGUAUCACUGCUCAGUGUGUGGAAAGAGUUUUGCUCAAUGGGGUAACCUUCAAAACCACCAGCGUAUUCACACAGGAGAGAAACCGUAUCACUGUUCAGAGUGUGGAAAGAUUUUUAAUCAAAGUAGUGCCCUUAAAGUACACCAGCGUAUUCACACAGGAGAGAAACCGUAUCACUGCUCAGAGUGUGGAAAGAUUUUUAAUCAAAGUACUGCCCUUAAAGUACACCAGCGUAUUCACACAGGAGAGAAACCGUAUCACUGCUCAGUGUGUGGAAAGAGUUUUGCUCAUGAAAAUAGUCUCAAACGGCAUCAGCGUAUUCACACAGGAGAGAAACCGUAUAACUGUACUGAGUGUGGAAAGAGUUUUACUCAAAGUAGUGACCUUAAAGUACACCAGCGUAUUCACACAGGAGAG